AUGUUGCCAGGAAGCGGCUGGCGCGAAGGCGGCUCUCACCUCGUUGGUUCCCCCGCCUCGCAGCUGGCUGGGCGCGAGGCGCACAACGCCUCCUCCGGAAGCGGACAUACGUUUGACGCGGGGCAUGCCAGGGGGCGAGUUCUUGAUGGCGGCGUCCCCGAUGUCGUGGCCUCGCCCGCCGCUGUUCCCGCUAGGCCGACUCGGCUGAGUGGCGGUUCGCCGCCGCGGGUGCAGGUGUCCCACGGGGACGGCGGCGGCAACCCACCGGCUACCGCCACCGCCGCGAUGCAGGCGCUGGUGCAGACGGUUGCACCAAAUACGCCUGAUGGCGCAGACUUAUCUCCCACUCUUAUUGGCACCCGUGAUCUGCGAAACGGUUUGCUGGAUCAGAAGUUGCAGCACAUGCAACGUGAGACGAAUGCGUUGCGAGAGGAACUGAAGGAGACCUCCGCGCGUCUUGCGCAUGUGACAGUGAAGCUCAACGAACAAAAAGUGGAGUUUAGUAGUCUAACGCAUCGGUACGGGGCAACCGUUGAGAAGCUUACGGCCGCUGAAACUAACGUAAAACGGCUGGAGGGGCAUAUCGUACAGGAGCGUGGCCAAAAUGGGGCGGUGCGAGAGGAGCGCGACAGACUCAAGGCCUCAUUGAAGGAUUUGGAAUGGGAGGUGGAAAAGUUGCGGCGGGAACUUCAAGAAGAGCGGGGUCGACCGGCGAUGGACCCUCGAGAGGUGCAUCGCAUUUUAGAUGAUCGCACGCGCUACGUUCCCGCCGCGGAGGUUCAACGACAGUGCGAAGGCAUGCGUGAGAAGCAGCAAACGCUUGUACAUCGUUUUAUGGCGUCUCUUGACACCCUUUUAGUGCAGCAAGAGGAAGAGGAAACGUCGGUGUUUGUUGCGCGAAGUGCAGUCCUCUCCGCCGCGACGGACCUGGAGGCAAGGGUGGCGUCUGCGGAGACCACACUUGGUGUGCUGUGCGACCAACUGACUCUUUUUAACGAGGGCUCGGAGCGUGACAUGACAGAGAUGCUUUCUACACUCAUGCUUGAGAAUAAGGAGUUGUGGCAGCAUUUGGCAAGGCUGAAGGGCGACCACGACGCGGCCGUUGCGCAACUGACGACGCUUCGUCGCAAAGGCGGACAUGUUCCCCAAGAUCAAUACGAAUACGCCCAGAAGCAGCUUGCGCUAACGGCGGAAAAACUGGCCACCGCUCAAAAGACGGUGGAGUCGCAAAUUGAACUGGCGAGGGAGCACGAGGAUCAGAUGAAAGUGCUGCUGAAUAACAAUGACUCGCUGCAGGAUCAGCUGCGUCGUCUCAUGGGGGAACUGGCGCAAGUAAAGGAGGAUGCGGAGCGGAAGGAGAAAUUGUUGGAGGAUAAUAAGGCGGAAAACAGUGAGGCGCUGCUGCGGGUGGAGAAACUACAGGAAAAUGCGGAAGGCGAGCGGCGUCGCCUAAACAAGACGAUAGAGCAACUGAAUGAAAAUAUUGUUACUAGAGAGCAGGAAUACGAGCAACGCAUUCGUCAACUUCAGGAGGAGCGAAAUGCGACGCAGCGAGAUCUUGUGCAGGCGCAGCGUAGCUUAGAUGACACCCAGCAACGCGCUGAGUCGCUGCAGCGAGAGCUUGACUCGCGCACAAGCUACUUUGAGAACUACAGACGACAGACAGAGGAGCGCCAGCAGGAAGUGAGCCGCUCCCUGCAGGAAGAAAUGGCCUCCGCAAGAGAUUUAUUAGAGAAUGAGUUGAGUCUGGCACGGCGGGAGUUGGACGAUCAGCGGACUGCCGCGAGGGAGUUGGAGCGGGAGCGGGACGACGAGCAGGCAGAGCGCCGCGCCGCGCAGGCAGUUGCUGCCGGAUUAGAGGCAGAGCUUUCGCAACAGCGUCGCGAAAAUGAGCAGCAGCGUCGCCGCCUGGAGGAGGUCACAGCACGUGUGCAGAAACUGGAGGCCGAGGUGGAUCAGCUGCGACAGACGUCUGACGCCGCUGCUGAGGAGUGCCGCCAAUUGCAGCGGGAAGUGAAGCGCCAUCAGACGCGAGCGCAGGAGUUGGAGCAGCAGCUGCAGCAGGAGCGCGACGCGCACACGCAGCAGUCGACGCAGCUUCGACAAGAAAUGGGAGAGGAUGAGCAGCGCCGUUCAAAGAUGCAAGAGGAGUUGCAAAAACUUCGUUUGUGUCUUAUAGAGAUGGAACGAGAUCAAAAGAAACGUCUAACGCGUGAACGCAUAGACGCUGAGAAGGAGAGUUUUGUGCGGGAAAACGCCCGCCUUCAUGAACAAUAUCAGGAGGUGCAGCAAGAGAAUGUCGCCCUCCGCGAGAGCCUGCAACAGCUCAAGGGGAAGAUGCUUAACCAUGAGCAGCUCUCCCAGCAGCUGGAGGAUGUGCAGGAGCGCUUGCGGCAGCUUCCAAUGCUGCGACAGGCCGCAGAGGAGGCCAAGGUUGAGGCAGUGCGUGCCUCGCAAGAAACAGAGACGCUGCGCCAAGAAAGGGAUGCAAUGGCGGCAAAAUUGGACUUCUUUCUAGAGGAGAGUAAACAAGCUGCCAAAAAGGAUGAGGAAUGGUGUCGUAUCUUUCGUGAUGCCGCUGAACAAACUCGUCGUCUCAGUGGUCAGGUCUCUGUUGUACGAAAGCAGCAGCAGUCGCAGCGGAGUCCGCCUAUUUUUGUUAGCGCCCACCCGAGUGGUUAUAGUGAUCAAUAUAGCAACUACCAACGGGUUCUUGGAAACGGGGUUGACAGCACGCAGCGCAAACAAACUUCGCCCUCGCGACUUGCCGCAGAUGCAUCGCCACAGCCUGUCGCACCUCCUCCAUCCCGCCCGUGGCACUGA